CACAGGUGAUAAAACAUGAAUGAGACGCGCACAGAUGAUUAUGACAACACAGAAAACUACACUAAUGAUUAUCCAGAUGAUAACGAAUAUAUCUGUAACCUGAAUCCCAACCGUGAUAUGGAGAUAGUCAUACAGACCUACUUCCAUUCCUUCAUCUGUGCAUUCGGUUUCUGUGGCAAUGCAUUGGUGAUAGUCACAUAUGCCUUCUACAAGAAAGCCAAGACCAUGACGGACGUGUACCUUCUGAACGUGGCGGUGGCAGACCUGCUCUUCAUCGUGGCCCUACCUCUCAUAAUUUACAAUGAGCAGCAUGACUGGAGCAUGGGCUCAGUGGCCUGCAAGGCUUUGCAAGGAGCCUACAGCAUCAACCUGUACAGUGGCAUGCUCCUGCUGGCCUGCAUCAGUGGAGACCGCUACAUCUCCAUUGUCCAGGCCAGGCGCUUCUUUGGCCUCCGGUCCCAGAACCUGAUCUAUAGCCGCCUAAUCUGUACAGCCAUCUGGGCUCUGGCCAUAGCCCUGUCCAUCCCCACAGUCAUCUACAAUGAGCUGGUUGAGGAGACCAUCUUGCUGGAAGGGACUAUAACCGCAUGCCAGGCGCAGUUCCAAAGUAACAGGACCGCCCGGUUGAUGAAGGUGCUGGUGCCUAGCCUGCAGGUGGCCAUGGGGUUCUUCCUGCCACUCCUGGCCAUGGUCCUCUGCUAUGCCAGCAUCCUAUGGACCCUACUGAAGGCCCAAAGCACCCAGAGACACAAGGCGGUUCGUGUGGUCCUAGCCGUGGUGGUGGUCUUCAUCGUGUGCCACCUGCCCUACAACGUGGUGCUACUCUACCACACGGUAGCGCUGUUCCAUCAGAGGGAGUGUGAGGUAGAGACCAUCAUCCUCACCACCCUCACCAUCACCAGGAGCCUGGCCUACCUCCACUGCUGCCUCAACCCCAUCCUGUAUGCCUUCAUCGGUGUCAAGUUCAGGAGCCACUUCAGGAAUAUCCUGGAGGACCUGUGGUGCAUGGGCAGGAAGUACAUCUACCCAUCUGGACGCUCCUCACGCAUGACCUCUGACCUCUAUAUCCCAGCACACAAGUCCACCGACGGAUCCAACAAGAGCGGCUCGUCGUUUACCAUGUGAAGAUGGGAGUAGGUAGCGAUGACCUCCAAUUACUAUGGGUGAUGAUAGCAUGGUUAGUCAGGAAAUCAAGUAGUGACUUGUAUUCUGUGUAUAGUGUGAGUUUUUGUUUGCUACUGUAUCUACAUGAUUUACCCAUAGUAUUUGCUGUAUUACUCCCAAUGAAUGCUCCUCGCUACUCUAAUUACAGAAAUUACAGAAGAUAGCUUACGGUUGUGAAUGUGCGUAAAUUAAAGCCGGGCAUUCUACCAGAGAAUUCUAGAACUUGGACACUGUCUUGUUGGCCUAACGUUAUAUCCUAUUUUGACUUUGGUGCAGGUCAUGUUGUUCUUCACGUUACCAUCUCUGCUAAAUACAUACUACAGUAUAUCAAAUAAAAUCUGUUAAUUUCUCACAUACGCAGGAUACAGAAGGUGUAGUGAAAUGGUUACUUGCAUAGUGGAGUCUUUUGUUUAGACAUGUAGCUAGCUAGCUAGCUAGCUAAACAAUGAACCAUAAUCCCAACUCAAAACUUUACAUGCAUGACACACACACACACACACACACACACACACACACACACACACACGAUAACAUAUGCACUAUUACAUACAUAUGGAUUUAGUACUGUAGAUAUGUGGUAGUGGUGGAGUAGGGGCCUGAGGGCACACAGUGUGUUGUGAAAUCUGUGAAUGUAUUGUAAUGUUUUUAAAAUUGUAUAAACUGCCUUAAUUUUGCAGGACCCCAGGAAGAGUAGCUAAUGCUUUGGCAGCAGCUAAUGGUGAUCCAUAAUAAAUACAAAAACAAAUCUGGGAGGUAGCUAGCUAGCUAACAUUAGGUAGCUAGCUAGCUAGCUAACAUUAGACUAUAACUUGCAAUGCAAAGGGCUCUGAGAUGCAUAUAAUAUUACUACACAGAUCAUACAUGUAACAUUAGCUAGAGAGCCAGCCCACCAACAUUAGCUAGCUAGGUAACAGUAUGCUUUAACUUGAAAUGAAAAUGACUUAGACAAAAUUAGAAAUGUAUAAAAUCUGAAAAUGUAGUUAGCUAGACUAACUUACCUGUAUACAUGGAUGGACGCUUCUCCCUCUCUGUCACGGAUGCCAUGGUUGCAGAUGUA